CCUGCCUGACCUUACGCGGAUGAUGCAUCCCCAAAGUUCUUCCCAGACCUAAGAGUCUUGUUGGCUCCUUAGUAAUUUUUGUGUUUAUUCUAUAUCCCCUUCGGUAGUGAAAUACUUUCCUUAUCAGUUACGAAAGACGUGGUUCCCGAAAGACGUGGUCCCCGCUUUCUGAGAAAACUUAUUCUAGUAUGAUCACAUAUCAGAAACAUGGCUUCAGAUUGGCUGGGCAGCAUUGUAUCUAUCAACUGUGGGGACAGCCUGGGAGUCUAUCAGGGACGAGUAUCAGCAGUGGACCAGGUCAGCCAGACCAUCUCCUUGACCCGACCUUUCCACAAUGGGGUGAAGUGUUUAGUGCCAGAAGUCACCUUCAGGGCAGGUGACAUUAUAGAGUUGAAAAUUCUGGAGAUACCAGGUUCUGGGGACACCCAGCAAUGUGGAGACUCACAGCAGACGGAGUUAGGCCUACCUGGUGUUGGCUGUCAGGUGGGAAUUAAUCAGAAUGGCACAGGCAAAUUGCUCAAGAAGCCCACAGCCUCUAGUAGUGCCCCCCAGAAUAUCCCCAAGAGAGCAGAUAUAAAGACCCAAGAUGUUGCCAUUUCACCACAGCAGCAGCCAUGUUCAAAGAGCUACGUGGACAGGCACAUGGAAUCCUUGAGUCAGUCUAAAAGCUUCCGUCGUCGACACAACUCUUGGUCAUCUAGCAGUAGACAUCCAAAUCAGGCAACUCCAAAGAAAAGUGGCCUAAAGAAUGGCCAGAUGAAGAAUAAAGAUGAUGAAUGUUUUGGGGAUGACAUUGAAGAGAUCCCAGACACAGAUUUUGACUUUGAAGGGAACCUGGCCCUUUUUGACAAAGCAGCUGUAUUUGAAGAGAUUGACACUUACGAGAGAAGGAGUGGUACCCGCUCCCGGGGCACCCCAAAUGAAAGACCCACUAGAUAUCGUCAUGAUGAAAACAUAUUAGAAUCUGAACCUAUUGUCUACCGGCGGAUUAUGGUGCCCCAGAAUACAAGCAAAGAAUUCUGUACUGACUCUGGGCUAGUUGUCCCAAGUGUCUCCUAUGAAUUGCACAAGAAGCUGUUAUCGGUAGCCGAGAAGCAUGGUCUGACCCUGGAACGGAGGCUGGAGAUGACUGGAGUUUGUGCCAGCCAGAUGGCACUAACCCUGCUGGGAGGUCCUAACAGAUUGAAUCCCAAAAACGUCCACCAAAGGCCUACAGUAGCUCUACUUUGUGGUCCUCAUGUGAAGGGGGCUCAGGGCAUAAGCUGUGGGCGACACCUUGCCAACCAUGAUGUCCACGUCAUCCUCUUCCUGCCCAACUUUGUCAAGAUGUUAGAGUCUAUCACCAAUGAACUGUCCCUCUUCAGCAAGACCCAGGGCCAGCAGGUCUCCAGCCUCAAAGAUCUCCCUACCAGCCCUGUGGACCUGGUGAUCAACUGCCUGGAUUGUCACGAGAAUGCCUUCCUCCGGGACCAGCCCUGGUACAAAGCUGCUGUGGACUGGGCCAAUCAGAACCGGGCACCCGUGCUCAGCAUAGACCCGCCCAUGUGCGAGGCUGAGCUGGGCAUCGAUGCCAAGUGGUCCUUGGCCCUGGGCUUGCCCCUGCCAUUGGGGGAGCGGGCGGGACGCGUUUACCUGUGUGACAUCGGCAUCCCUCAGCAGGUGUUCCAGGAGGUGGGCAUCAACUACCGCUCGCCCUUUGGCUGCAAAUUUGUCAUCCCGCUGCACUCGACGUAGAGGUGACGGCCCAAGCAAGGGAGGCCCGAUGGCCCAGAGGCUCUUGAGCCAGAUGCUGACACUUGAGAACGCCUUAAGGAUGUGAAGCUCCACGGACAGUGUUGUGUUGUGUAUUGUUUAUUUGGUUUUGUUUCCUUUGAGUUUGUUUCUUCUGCAAGAAACAACCUAUUUAAGACUGAAGAGUGACUGCCCUUUGAAGGGAGAGACGUCCCUGUAUAAAGCUGUCCCGUAGGGCCGAGGGCUGGGCCAGGGUGUGUGACAGGGACGCGAGCGAGCAUGGAGUGCCAGGCCUGCCGCCCAGGGACACACUCCAUUUGGCCAGAUGGCCAGUUUCUCAGUGGAGGGUUUUUGUUUACAGACACAGGCAGCUGUUGGACUGGGUUUGAGGUUUACAGCCAUCAGACCAGAGGGGGCAGGGUGUCCUCAGCAACUCUUUGCUUUCUUCUUUCUCCUCUGGCUCUCUUCUUGCCCUUCUCCCCCCAGUCUUCUUCUUUUCUUCUUUUUUAAACAGAAGCAGCCCCCCUUUCCACGAAUCAUGUUGAAUAUACCGGGGUGCCGUUGUCCUUGGUGGGGGUUGGUUUCAUUUUCCUGUUGCUUUGAUGUUUAUGACGGGAGCCAAAGCUGAGCUUCCUUUCCUUGAGCCACAUGGGCCAUGCAGAAAGCUGGUAUCCAGGAGGAGCUCAGCCAGCCCUCAUCUGCCUGCUCUGCUGGGGCAACAAACUGAAUACCAGUUUGGGGCUUUUUGUUCUUGGAUGUUAACUUUUCAUUUUGCCCGUGAUCUGAUCUGGAGUUGGCCCAAACCUUUCCUUUAUCCCCUCCCAAGCCAACUCUUGGGGGAGGGGGCCGUUAUAUGUCCCAUCAGGCAGAUGUUUUCUGUAUUUAAGUUGACCCCUUUGAUUGUCACGUUUUCAGCACAGGUAGCUUUGGGACAUAUUACUGUAGAGCCACAGUGCCCAUCCACAUUGCCAGCAGUCCUACCCCCCGCCCCUCAGUGCCCAUGGAUUCCAUAGACUGUGCUAUCAUUUUUCCCAUUGGGACCAAAGGCUAAAUUGAACUUCCUCUCCUGCUGUAUUGGUUGGAAUGGUGGUAGGUGAAGAUCUUGGUGCAGAGGAGCGGGGGCGGGGCACAGUCUUGUUCAGUAUUGGGGAGCUCCCCAUGGGAACGUGGUGCUGAGGAUCUCUUCAGGUUCUUGUGAUUCCAGUAUGUUCAGAGGGGCCCACGGACUACUGAGGCCAUUGGUAAAAACCACCAUUCCUGAUCCCAGUCCUUGGGUUUUUCUUCCUUAAAUUUGUGGGGUUGCCUGCUUGUCUCUCGUGUGGGGAAUACAGCAGCUCUUUUGUUCAAAAGAAGGAAGAGAGCCCUGGGAAUGAGGCAGAGGUUCAGGGACCACACUUGAGCUAUUCCAACUUUCUUUGCCAAGUGGCCUCAUCUCCCUGGUAUCUGGGGCCACCCUAAUGUGGUUUGGCUGUCUGGCAGGCUGCUGUUUUCAUAUUUGGUGUGAGCCCUAGGUUUCUCUGGUUCUUUCAGGCCAGUCUUUUGUCUCAGAGGUGCCAAAAAAAGAAAAGUAUUGGUUCAGCUAGAGGAAGUCUGUGGGGGGCUGCCUCUGGCCUUGCAGGUUUACAAAGAAUUUAUCCAAGGGACUAUGCUAGCAAGACAUCUCCCAGCUCUUGCACAGAAGGUCUGUCUUAAUCUCUCUCAACAAAGGGCCUGGGCCUGACUCUUGCCUGUGAGCUCUUCCAGCCUCCUCCUGUCCUGUGCCAGCAGCUGGGGGUUAGCCUGAUAUUUGGUGCCUUUGGUGGGGAAUGAGGUUUCACACAAACGCCAGACACAGUUGUCAUUUCGGUCCAAGCUCCAUUUUUUCGGUAUUCAGGGUAGGCAGUGCCCCUAGGCCAUACUAUGGGCAGAGUUGGGGCCUUAGUCUAGAUUGGGGAAAGUUUUUCUCUUUCCUGUAAGACCCAUGGGGUAAUGAUUCUCUGACAGGGAGAGAAGGCCCUCUCCCUGGCAAAUGGCACUAACAGAGACAGGGCUGUGAGCCAUCAGCCUGGUCUCUCCCUUCCCUUCCUGGUAAGGGUAUCCUGCUCAGGGUUCCAGAGUUCCUCCCCUUGCCUAACUUCUCAUUUUGCAGAAUAGCAAACCUCCCUUCUGGUGUGGAGAUAAGGCCGGUUCUAAAGCUUCAGGGCUGGGGCAGGCUGCUGUGGAGACAGCAUCCUCUCCCAGGCAGGAAGUGUUUUAGCUGUUCUGUGCAUGAGAAAUUAAAGUUUGGGUUCCUUUUACAGAGGUGGAACAUUCUUGUAGGAUGAUGUCAAAAGUUUGAGGAUGGGUAGCCUCGACAGAAAGAUUGUCCUGGCUCUCUCUCUUUGGGCUUCAUUUUCUGGUGGCAUUUUAGCACAUCUGUGCCCUGGAAAGAAACUGGGUUUUUGAGCAUCUCCUGACUGCCCUCUUCCUGCUGAAGAAGUGAAGUUACUACAUGGCCCCCUACUGGUGCUCGGCUACAAAGCUGAGGUGGUGAUCCAAGAGACCAGGAGGCUUCCUGGACAGAGUGGGGGAAGAGCCUUAGUUUUCUUAACAGCAUUUUUUCCUCUAUCUUUCGCAGGUUGAGGACUAGAUUCCUUAUUCCUCCUCAAGCCUGCUUAAGUUGUCACCUGCCAUGAUUUGCAUUAGGAGAGUAGCCCUUGAUUUCUCUCCUUUUGCCCUAAGAGUCUAUUAAAAACACAAACUAGUCCCAUUAGAGGUCUUUCUUCCUCUCACCCUGGCAAUCUGCCACCUGGCCUUGGUGAUACUGUUAGCCCCUAACCACUGUGCUUUGGGGGGAGGAGACCUCCUAAAAACUGUUGAGAACUGGGCAAGUGAUGACAAAAAACCCAGCAUUAAAAUAAAGCUGAAUUGGCUGA